GUUGCGAGCGGCGAGCGAAGUGCAAAAGACGCCGAAUCGAGUUGUAAAUACGCAAAGUAAACAAAACCGGAAUCUCUUACUCAUUACGAACAGAAGUACAAAAAAAAAGAAAACCCAAAAUACCUGAACCUUGCACCGACGAGGGUUUCUUGGAUUAGUUUCUAAAAGCUACGAGUCACUUCAUCCCAGAAAAGAUGGACCAGAAGCGAGCCAUGCUCUAUCCCCAGGUGGACUUCAACUCCCCGAGUGCACCUUCACCGACGCCACCGCCAACUCGGGAGUUGCCCUAUCCCAUGGGCCAGCCCGUGGAGGCUCCUCCGUCCUACGAUGUGGCGGUGGCCGUUCCAGCGCUGCCAGCUCCCGCCGUUCCAAUGGUUGCCCCACAAUCGCAGCCAGUUAUUGUGGUGGAGCAGCCAGGCCCACAGCUGCCGCCUACAGUGGUGCAGACACCAGAUGCUCUGAAUUUAGGUCCAAAUAGAAGCAGGGUGCUGUGUCCUGCCUGUGGGGCCCAGAAAACCACCAGGAUGACCUUUACUGCCAACAAUAGGACCCACAUGGGAGCAGGUCUGCUCUGCCUAGUUGGCUGGUGCUGCUGUGCUUGUUUUGUUCCCUACUGCAUGAAUAGUUGCCGCACUGCCAAUCAUUACUGUCGAAAAUGCAACACUUUCCUGGGUUCCUACGAGCCAAAAGGGAGAAGAUGAAUAUAAGACUAAGAUAAGAUGUGAUCUGGUGGCUAGAUAAAAUAAUAAUAUACAACUUAAAGAUGUUAUUUACACACGCAAAUCAGCUGAUGCUUCUCAACCGCAUAAAUUAAGAUUGUACAGUAACCUUUGGCUAAAAAAGAAGCUAAGCAAACAAGAAAAACUAAAGCAUUUGGCAUUUGGCAUCAUUUCCUUAGUUUCUACCAAUCAAUAAUCACUAUAAUAAACAUAAACAAAAGCA